CUGUCAAACUGUAUCGCAUGCGAUCAAAACAAAAGUCGGUGCGUACGCGAGCCGCAUGGUUCUCAUUUUCGCCUUACAGGAAAUGAAAGCUCUUUAAUUGCUGGUUGUGGCAAGAUACAAUUUUCCGAAAAUGGGUCUCAACGAGAAGGACUGGGAUGCGGGCAGCAAGAACUUGAAAAAGGUGCAGAAAACGCUGGAGGACAAAUGGAAGCUGGUGCCGGCGUUCCUGCAGAUCAAGGGUCUGGUCAAGCAGCACAUCGAUUCGUUCAACUACUUCAUCAACGUGGACAUCAAGAACAUUGUGCGGGCGAACGACGAGGUCAAGAGCGAUGCCGAUCCGUGCUUUUACCUGAAGUAUCUGAACGUGGCCAUCGGGAUGCCGGACGUGGAGGAAGGCUUUAACAAUACCAAAUCGACGACGCCGCACGAGUGCCGGCUGCGGGACAUGACGUACGCGGCGCCGAUCACGGUGGACAUUGAGUACACGCGGGGCACGCAGCGGGUUGUGCGGAAUGGGUUGUUGAUUGGGCGGAUGCCGAUUAUGCUGCGGUCGUCGAAUUGUGUGCUCAGUGGGAAGUCCGAGUACGAGCUGUCGAAGGUGAACGAGUGUCCGCUGGAUCCGGGCGGUUACUUUGUGAUUCGUGGGACGGAGAAGGUGAUUUUGAUUCAGGAGCAGGUUUCCUGGAACAAGAUGCUGACGGAGGAUUACAACAACGUGAUCCAGUGCCAGGUGACGAGUUCGACGCACGAGAAGAAGUCGCGGACGAUUUUGCUGUCCAAGCAUGGCAAGUACUACCUGAAGCACAACUCGAUGACGGAGGAGAUUCCGGUGGCGAUCAUUUUCAAGGCGAUGGGGAUUGCGUCGGAUCAGGAGAUUAUGCAGCUGGUGGGGAUCGAUACGGAGACGCAGAAGCGGCUGGCGCCGUCGCUGUUGGAGGCUGCGAACCACAAGGUUUACACCCAGCAGCGUGCGUUGGAGUACAUGGGAUCGAAGUUGAUUGCGAAGCGGUUCACGACGGCGGCCACGAAGUACAAGACGACGGCGGAUGAGGCGCGGGAUUUGCUGGCGACGACGAUUUUGGCGCACGUCCCGGUGAACAACUUUAACUUUCAGGUCAAAGCGAUCUACGUGGCGCUGAUGAUCCGGCGCGUGAUGGCCGCCGAGCUGGACCGGUCGGCGGUGGACGACCGCGACUAUUACGGCAACAAGCGGCUCGAGCUGGCAGGUUCGCUGCUGUCGCUCAUGUUCGAGGACCUGUUCAAGCGCUUCAACUGGGAGCUGAAGAUGAUCGCCGACAAGAACAUUCCGAAGAUCAAGGCGGCCCAGUUUGACAUUGUGAAGCACAUGCGGGCGGCGUUGAUCUCGACGGGGUUGGAGACGGCGAUAUCGACGGGGAAUUGGACGAUUAAGCGGUUCAAGAUGGAGCGGGCGGGUGUGACGCAGGUGUUGUCGCGGUUGAGCUACAUUUCGGCGCUGGGGAUGAUGACCCGGGUGAACUCGCAGUUUGAGAAGACGCGGAAGGUUUCGGGACCGCGAUCGUUGCAGCCGAGCCAGUGGGGAAUGCUGUGUCCGUCGGAUACGCCCGAGGGUGAGGCUUGCGGGUUGGUGAAGAACUUGGCGCUGAUGACGCACAUUACGACGGAGGUGGACGAGGAACCUGUUAUUCGGUUGGCGUACAAUUCUGGGGUGGAAGAUAUUCGCUUGCUUGGAGGAGAGACGAUCAACAAUCCGAAGGUUUUUAUGGUGUUCAUCAACGGUAACAUUUUGGGAGUGACGAUCAUGUACAAGCGGUUGGUGGAGGUGUUCCGGAUGAUGCGUAGGAAGGGUUUGAUCGGGUCUUUUGUGUCGAUUCAUACGUCGUUUUCUCAACGUUGCGUUUAUAUUCACACGGAUGGGGGGAGAUUGUGCCGGCCGUACAUCAUCGUUCAGAACGGACAACCGCUGGUGAAGCAGGAGCACAUUGAGCAGUUGAAGGUGGGUUUGCGCAAGUUUGACGACUUUUUGCACGACGGGUUGAUUGAAUAUCUGGACGUGAACGAGGAGAACGAUUCGUUCAUCGCGUAUCAGGAGCUUGAUAUUGAUCCGGAGAAGACGACCCACCUGGAGAUUGAACCGUUUACGCUGUUGGGAGUUUGCGCUGGGUUAGUUCCGUACCCGCACCACAACCAGAGUCCCCGUAACACGUACCAGUGCGCUAUGGGUAAGCAAGCGAUGGGAAUUAUCGGGUACAACCAGAAGAACCGGAUCGACACGUUGAUGUACAACAUUGUCUACCCGCAAACGCCGAUGGUGCGCUCGCGGACGAUCGAGUUGACCAACUUUGAUAAGCUGCCGGCCGGGCAGAACGCCACGGUCGCAGUUAUGAGCUACUCCGGGUACGAUAUCGAAGAUGCGUUGAUCCUGAACAAGGCCUCGAUCGAUCGCGGCUACGGACGCUGUCUGGUGUACAAAAACAGCAAGUGCACCAUCAAACGGUACAGCAAUCAGACCUUCGAUCGCAUCAUGGGCCCCAUGAAGGACUCGCUCACCAACAAGAUCAUCUUCCGGCACGAGUGUCUCGACACGGACGGAAUCAUCUCCCCUGGCGAGAAGGUCUCGUCCAAACAGACCAUGGUCAACAAGGAAAUGCCAGCCGUCAAAUCCAUCAACCCGAUCGAACAGAAAGAGUCCGGCCAGCAGCCGAUCGCGUACAGCGGCGUCCCGAUCACGUACAAGGGCACGGAACCGAGCUACAUCGAAAAGGUCAUGGUUUCAACGAACAACGACGAAGAGUUCCUCGUCAAGAUCCUGCUGCGUCAAACACGCCGUCCGGAGAUUGGCGACAAGUUCAGCUCGCGCCACGGCCAAAAAGGCGUCACCGGUCUGAUCGUCGAGCAGGAAGAUCUGCCCUUCAACGACUUUGGCAUGUCGCCGGACAUGGUGAUGAACCCGCACGGCUUCCCGUCCCGUAUGACGGUCGGCAAAACGCUCGAACUGCUCGGCAGCAAAGCUGGCGUCCUCGAGGGCAAAUUCCACUACGGAACCGCUUUCGGCGGCUCCAAAUGCCAAGAUCUACAGGACGAACUGUUCAAGAACGGGUUCAACUACCUCGGCAAGGACGUCUUCUACUCCGGAAUCACCGGCGAACCGCUCGAGGCGUACAUCUACUCCGGUCCCGUCUACUACCAGAAGCUCAAGCACAUGGUGCAGGACAAGAUGCACGCCCGAGCGCGCGGUCCACGCGCCGUCCUCACCCGUCAACCGACGCAAGGUCGUAGCCGCGAGGGAGGUCUCCGGCUGGGCGAGAUGGAACGCGACUGUCUGAUUUCGUACGGCGCCUCGAUGCUGAUCAUGGAGCGGCUCAUGAUCUCGUCGGACGCGUUCGACGUGGACGUUUGCAACGUGUGCGGCCGGCUCGCGUAUUCCUCGUGGUGCCACAACUGCCGCUCGUCGGCCAGCGUGUCCAAGAUAUCGAUGCCGUACGCGUGCAAGCUGCUGUUCCAGGAGCUGACCAGCAUGAACAUCGUGCCGCGGCUGAAGCUGCAGAAUUACUAAGGUACGUCACUAUUUAUCGUUUUUUCUCUUUUAAAUUUGUCCAGAAAUAAAACUACUUGAAGUCAGCUGAA